AUGGUGAGCAGAAGAGAUGGGACAUUUGAGGAUAAGGGAUUAGCUGUUCACUGUGACCUAAGAAUGAACAUCCUUGACAAAUUCAACCCGGGUGCCCGGCAGCUAAUCCAAGCUGGAAAGGCAUACCUGAAGGCCCUGCAUGGAGUUACUGAAGCUGGUCGUGGCUCCCGCUGGCUGCGGCUGGUGUCCGGACUGACGGUGACACAACCUGUGCUACGCCAACGGCUGCGAUAUCACCGACAUGCCGCACCCUACGACAACAGGCCCACCGUGCCCCGCACCGCUCUGCACUGUCAUACACCUGCUCCUCCUGCCGACCCCUCCACGCCUCCUUCCACAUCCCUACCCACCGACCACAAACCCUUCCCUCCUUUCCCGUUUCCACUCAAUCAUCCUUCUACCGAUUUCACCAUCGACAGCUUACCCAUUGUCCUUACUGUAUCAACACUUUCAGCGUCACCUCUUCAUCACCACUACCAUUAUUAUCAUGACGUCUCGAACUACAAUCAACAUUACUUCUACUGGAGUUACCACUAG